UGGGGGGAAGACAAAAAAACCAAUCUUCAUUCAAAUCUCAUUCUUCUUAUUCCUCAAUUAGGGAUCUUUGACCAUUUCGAUUUGUCUUCUUUAACUCUCUCUCUCUCACUGUUCAUGGAAGACAACGAGAACAAGAAAAGCGAGGGCGAGGUCGAUGGCCUUGGUCUAAUUGACGUCUCUGCUGAGGACGAUAGUCUCCUCUUCUCCUCCUUCCCCAAUCCCACCAGCUACGAGUUUUCCGAAGCAGAUGAGGAUGAAAAGUGUUUAAACGAUGAAAAGGAACAAACUUUCUUGAAAGAAACCGAGUCUUGGAUUGAAGAGAUGAUACUCAUCUCUUCAGUACAAGAUAAAGAAGAUGUGUUUCAGCCACGUGAGGAGUCCCCUGAGCCUCAGAAAGUGGUGAAGAGUGGGAAGUAUAAUUUGCGUAAAAGUCUUGCCUGGGACAAUGCCUUCUUCACUAGCGAAGGUGUUUUGGAGCCUGAAGAGCUGUGUAGUAUGAUGGAAAGCAAUCAUAAGAGUGAGAGGAAGGGUUUAGCGACUAUCCAAGAGGAUGUUAAUAGAUCUACGGAAUCUAUUUCUACGUUUCGAAGUGAUUGCACUGUGGAGAAUAGUCAGGAGUUUGUUUUGUUUGAAGAUGUUAGAGCGUCUAUUCAAAGGUCUGCUAAAGCUUCUGAUUUUGCUGCUACACCUGGAGAAAGUAAUGGACUGGGAGCAACUGAAGUAGCUACCAGCCCAAGUACAGUGGACGUCCCUGCAUCUCAGGAGAAGAUGAAACCGAAAGCCAGUCCUAAAAAGCUGAGUAUUAGAGCAAACGGAACAGGGAAGGCAACAAAACAGCCUGUUGCUGCUACAAGAGGUCUCAGUACAUCUGUUUCUAAGACACCUAACAGACUAGGCAAAGUCAGGCUCUUGUCAACUACAUCAACGAGCAGGGCAUCCCUAGAUAUUAACAAAACUAAAGAUUCCAAACUACCUGCUGGUAAAGAGCCUUUGGUUCCUAGAAUAUCCAUUUCACGAAGACCCACAAUGCCAAAACCUGCUGUGCUUAAGUCAACUUUGCGUGGUUCAGCUGCCUCAAAGAAUGAACUGACAUCUUCCUGCUCUUCGCUAGAGAGCUGUGCCAGUGCUGCUUCAUCCAGCGCGUCUCACAAAUCUUCUCUUAAUCCGAUAAAGAAGAAGAAUGUUUCAAGUUCCAGAAUAGCUUCCCAGUCAUUGGCAAAUAAAUCUACAGCUAGAGGUAGUAUGGGCCAGCCAAGAAUCCCACCUCAGCCAACCAAGAAGACAACCAAGUCCAACCUUUCCUCUACUGGUUCUUUCAGUGACUGUUCAUCAGAGUCAUCACGAGCUUCUGCAACUAGCCAAACGGGUAGAAGUAUCCAGAAACCUGUCUCUGGUGAAAAGGCUCCUGCAAAUGAUACUGUGAGGUCUCUCAAGAACUCUAAAGAUGCAUCUGUUGUUCAAGCUGAUGGCAAGGAAGGCAUGAAGCGAGUUUCAGCUAUAAAUGGGGGUUUGGUUCCUCCAGGUUCCAUGAAACAGUCAGGUCUCCGUGUGCCAACACCAAAAAUCGGCUUCUUUGAUGGAGGUAGACAGGGGUCAUCUUCAUCUGCCGGUAAGAAGGUUGGAAAGUCACUGAUACAAGACUCGUUGAAUUCAAAAACUAAGGCAGCAGGUUCAAGGCUUGUCUCUGCCUCGUCUCCAAAACUGCAAAACAAAUUGUAUUCCAAAAUCAAUGCAGAGGAUCAGCUUGAGGGGUGAUGGAAUCAAGAUGAUAAUGUCAUAAAGAAUCAUUAGUUAAUGGAGCUGUGUUGUCUUCUUUUGUUUUAAUAGAACGUACCCUGCAUGUUAGAUUCUUAUGUAAUGUAACCCAUAAGUAAAAACAGUAAUAUUAUCAGUUCUGCUUAGAGAAACUUUAAAUCAA